AUGGCACCGGACCACGACUCGCGGGCGAGCCCGCAGCAGUUCAUCAAGCAAGAGCACGACUCUGGAAGAGGGAGGCCGCGGGAGGGCUCCGAAGAAAAGGACGCCGAUCUGGUGGACGACGAUGGGGCCGACGGCGACGACGGCAAGGCCGGUUCGUCCAAUUCAGACGGCGGCCCUGCGCGGAAGAGACGGAGGAGCCGCAAGGGCUUGGACAAGAAGUUUGAAUGUCCCCAAGAAGGCUGUGGGAAGAGCUACUCGAGAGCCGAGCAUCUAUACCGACACCAGUUGAACCACACACCGAAACAGAUCUACGCUUGCGACUUUCCCGACUGCAAUCGCACCUUUGUCCGGCUGGAUUUGUGUAACCGCCACAGGGACCGCCACACGGCCAAGGGAUCGGCUCUGAACCGCAAAGACUCGAUGAUGAGCCACAUUUCUCCCACGACUGACCGGCCACCGUAUCCCCUGCCCGGGUCGGCGUCGCCCGAAAUCAGUCGGCCGGGCACCGGCUUCGCCAAUGUGCGACAGAACCAGAUGCAGCAGUUCCAGUCGCCCAAGGAAGCCACGGGAAGCCCUUUUGCGCAGGCGACUCAUACGCCUCCCACCGGAUAUCCCAUGGGGGCACCCCCGAACAUGGACGGCUACAUGCACCACGACGGUGGUUACGGAAACGUCCAGGCGCUUCGGCCUCCGCAUCAGUCUCCAAGCAACGGAUCACGGCCGACGGUACAGACGAACGGGCCAUACAUGUCUCCGGUUUCCAACCAGCAUGGAUACCACGGCCAGCAGCACAACACCCCGCAGUCCGCAACCUACACUACCCAGCAAAACUUUCCGCCGUUCAACCUUCCCCCGUCCGACUUCUCCAACGGGACGGGUAACGUACCCCGGGAAGCAGGCCAGACGUACGCACCGACCACCUCGGCCGAGUACAGCGAACAGGGGCAUCCCCAGCAGUCGGGCGAGAUGAUGCUGCUCGACCAGAUGUCGAUGCCCGGGACCAUCCCGGUCUUUGGGACCGACAGCAUCCUCAGCAAGUCGCCGUACGUGACGAUCCCGGAAGACUUUGUCGCCUACCUGUUCAACACCACCCAGCAGGGCGAGGGGUCACCAAUGGGGCAGAUAGUGCCCCCUCAGUAUGCGAGCAACUACGGAGAAUAUGGAAACUCCUAUAGCGUACCUUAUGUCGGGACCGACGGCGUGCCGAUGGGAUACUUCCCGUCCGGCUCGCACCAGGUCAUGGCCGUCAACAACCUACUGGACCAGAACCUACCAGAGGCGACCAUUUCGGAAGAGAAGAGCCAGGAGAUUUACGACUUCAUCAGCCAGAGGUUCCACGAAAACGACCAGGCGCCGACACUGCGGCAGCGCGACAGCAUUCUGGAAGGGGACCGGACCGACGGCGACCACAUGCUCAGCAAGCGGAUGAUGCAGGCCUACAUCGGAUCAUACUGGGUUCACUUCAGUGACCAGAUUCCCAUCCUUCACAAGCCCACCUUCUCUCCCGAUCGGACGCCGAAUCUGCUGCUUCUCGCCAUGAUGACAAUCGGUGCCGCCUGUCUCGAUAAGACGCACGGGCAAAAGGUCACCAAGGCCGGCGCGCAGCUGUCCAACUUUCUGGCAUGGCACUUGCGGUGGGAAAUCUUCAUGGACCCCAACUUCCGCCCGCCGGCGAAGCUUUGGCUGUUCCAGACCCUCUUGCUGCUGGAGCUGUACGAGAAAAUGUACUCGACGAGAGAGUUGCACGAGCGGGCCCACAUUCACCACGCGACGACAAUCACCCUGAUGCGCCGCGGCAGGUCACUCAUUGGCAAGUCGGCACUAGAUUCGCCUCCGAAUCCGCGAGACGAUAAGAAUAGCUCACGACACUCCUCGGCAUCAGGGGUUGCCCACACCGCCGACGAAUGGUGGAAUCACUGGAUCACCAACGAGUCGACGCGCCGGGCCGCGUUCGCCGCCUUCGUCAUUGACUCAAUACACGCAACCAUGUUUGGCCACUCCACGGUGAUGGUCACCCACGAAAUGCGGCUCCCGCUGCCCUGCGACGAUGCCAUGUGGAAAGCCAACAGCGGCGCAGAGGUCGGCCGGAUCGAGUCCAACAUCAUGUCAAACGGCAUUAAGCCGAUAUCCUUCCUGGAGGGUCUCAAGCGGACACUCAGCGGCCAGGGGGUCCAAACCAACCCAUUCGGCCGCAUGGUCCUGAUGGCCGGACUCCUCAGCGUUAGCUGGCACAUGAACCAGAGGGACCUCCAGGUUAACGUCCUCGGCGGUGGAGUCUCGCAGGCGCUAGGGGGCCGGGAUAAGUGGCGGGGGACACUUACACGCGCCUUUGAUGCGUGGAAGGAGGACUUUGACAAGUCACUCUCUCGGAACGAAGGCUCGUCGGAUCCUUACCGGUUCGACUCCGCCAAGAAGAACGAGGCCAACGUAGUGUUUGAAAGUCGCACAGUGCUGCACCACCUCGCCCACAUGGCGAUGCAUGUCGAUAUUGUGGACUGCCAGAUUUUCGCCAGGGCGAAGCGGCUUUUGGGGCGAGCCAUCGGGCAGCAGGACCUCAACAGCGCUCAGAGAAGGAUGAGGGACCUCUGGGCGCCGUCCGCAAAGGCCCGAGACGCAACCUACUACGCGCUCAAGUUCCUCUGCUCUGUCCUGAUGCCUGACGGGGGAGGAUCGCCACAAUCAAACGGCUUCAAGUACGACGAGCCGUAUACGGCCCGAGACGACGUGCUGCUCAACAGGCCGUGGGUUCUCUACUUUGCAGCACUCGUCGUCUGGUGCUACGGGUUCGCCCUCGAGGGGCCCUGUCCCGGGGUGCCUCUGCCAACCACGAAGCAGGAACAGGUGCGGCAGAUGCGGGACUACCUAGCCAAGUACGGCGGUGUGUCUUCGCCAGAGGAGCUCAAGAGCAUGAAGGGCAUCAACACGAACACGGCGCUACUGCUCGUGCUCAAAGACUCUUUCGGAACCACACGCUGGGAGCUGCUCCACGAGGGAGCCAAUCUUCUCAACAACUGCCUCCAGCUGAAUUCUGGGGCAACGGCAUAG